CGUGUCGCUAGUACUGCAAUUGGCCGCAAGGCGGACAAGUUUGCCGCAGUUUGCCGACAAUGUCGAUAAUCGCUCCAAAAUCAUUUCGUAUAAUCAGCUGAUUCGUAUCCGACUUGUUUAUUAUAUUCCUGCAAGCAGAAUGGCAUCUCGCGCAUUACUGCAACAAUGUGCGAGUGGAUUAAGCAGAAGCUGCCCUGGAUUCAGCAGAGUAUUCUCAAGUAAAAGCUCGGUUGUGGAAAAGAAGCCUGACUUGGUACAGCGCAAAAAUUUCCAAGAGACCAUAUUGACACCAGAGGAAGCCAAGUAUUUGAAAGCCUUGAAGAGCACAAUCACUGUAGCUGACGAAAAUGUUGGUUAUGUAUCCGGUGUUCCUGAAGAGCAUAUCAAAACACGUAGAAUACGGAUUUAUCAACCUGCCAAGAGCGCCAUGCAAUCGGGAACGAAUAACAUUCACUUCUGGCAAAUGGACUUUGAUACUCGCGAACGCUGGGAGAAUCCGUUGAUGGGAUGGACUUCUAGUGGAGAUCCUAUGUCAAAUAUAAACGUUGAUUUUGCGACGAAGGAGGAGGCGAUCGCGCACUGCAAAAAGAUGGGAUGGGAUUAUUAUGUGCAAGAGCCAAAUGUCAGUCAACCGAAACCUCGCAGCUACGGAAUGAACUUCUCUUGGAAUAAACGUACCAGAGUUUCGACUAAAUAAACUGUUUCAAGCUAAUCUCUCUUAAUUUCGUAAUAGCAACGAUGGGCGCCAAUUGUAUACAUCGUUUUAAUUGUAGUUAUCUAAAAAAUUCUGAAACAAAUAAGUAUGUAUCAUAAUGCAAAUAAAUGUAUAUAUAUAGAGAUUUA